AUCAACCAAACAAAGCCAACAUGAACAUACGCUGCGCCAAGCCCGAGGACCUCAUGACCAUGCAGCACUGCAAUCUGUUGUGCCUGCCAGAGAACUAUCAGAUGAAAUAUUACUUCUAUCAUGGCCUCACGUGGCCACAGCUAAGCUACGUGGCGGAGGACGACAAGGGCGGUAUAGUUGGCUACGUGUUGGCCAAAAUGGAGGAGCCGGAGCCUGGGGAGGAGAGCAAACACGGACAUAUUACCUCGCUGGCGGUUAAGCGUUCCUAUCGUCGCCUUGGUCUGGCGCAAAAAUUGAUGAAUCAAGCAUCACAGGCCAUGGUCGAGUGUUUUAAUGCCCAGUAUGUCUCUUUGCAUGUCCGCAAAAGCAAUCGGGCUGCCCUAAACCUCUACACCAACUCGCUUAAAUUCAAAAUAAUCGAAGUGGAGCCCAAGUACUAUGCGGAUGGUGAGGAUGCCUAUGCUAUGCGUCGCGAUCUGAGUGAGUUCGCCAACGACGACAAAUCAAAAGGCAAGGUGGCUGACCAAGAGGUCGAGAGGAAGCCCUUAUGUUUCGGCAUCCCUGGCAUUCCUCAUGCUCAUGACGGUCAUUUUUGCUGGUAACGCAGCGAGUGCGUUUUGUAGUUUUGCAUUUUUAUGCGUUAGGUUUUUGUAAUUACUACCACAUAUACACAACAUAAUAAUAUUAAAUAUAUUUGACAAGAAUUUGUUCUUUUGAUCA